ACUGCUAUAUCAGUAUGGUUUUACAAGGCUGUGUCCGCAUAUUUCUCUUCCUGAUCAACACGCUGACGGUCAUAUUUGGUUUCGCUAUCACCGCUAUUGGUAUUUACUGCGUCUCCAAAUCCAAGACAGAACCUUUCAAUGACAUGGAGACAGGCAGUCUGGUCGGAUUCAUAGUCUUCACCCUAUUUAUCGGAAUCUUUGUCCUGACUCUGGGACUACUGGGACUGUUUGGCUCCAUCACCCAGUCUCCCAGCAUGAUGAUUGUGUACGGAGGUCUGAUAGUGGUGGUCCUGAUCCUGGAGUUGGCACUGCUGGUGGGGAGUCUGUGCAGUAAGAAUAAGAUUGUGGAGACAGCUCGGGAAGGGUUCCGGGACUAUGUGACCAGGUACUACGAGGACGGGAUAGAUGACAACGUGAAGCAGGCUGUGGAUGCGAUACAGUUUAAUUUGAAGUGCUGUGGGUACGGGGGACAGGAUGAUUUUAGACCUGAUCACCCGCCCCCCGCAUCCUGCUGUAGUGAUGAUACUGUCACAAGUUUCGAUGAGUGCCCCACGGACGAUAGGUUUGAUGAAGGUUGCAAAAUGAAAUUCCCCAAAUUCAUUGGCGAUGUUUUGAAUUUGUUUGCUGUUGUGAUCGGGUUUGCAGUUAUUUUGGAUGUCAUCAGUAUGAUGGGAGCGUGUUAUGUUAGGCAGAAUUCUCCCAAAUAUAACCACAUCGCUUAGAGAUGGACAAUUGUGACGCAUAAACACGCUGAUUGUGAUUUGUGGGUGUUUGAUAAUUAGAAGUUCUAGGAUCAUUAUUGUUGAUCGAUAUUUGAUUCAAGUUAAAUGAUGUGUAUUAGAUUUUAUUCAAAAUAGGUGAUCGUGACAAUCAUAUGCCAUAUUUGAGUAUCUGUUUAGUAUUCAAUGAAUUGAAUUUGAAUGUCCCUUAAUGACAGGAGAUUUAUGACUUUAUGAUUACUAUAAAUGACGUAAAACUGACGUACUAGAUUUUAAUAAUAGGGCAGCUUCGAUGAUGGAACCGCAAAUAUUUACCGUGCGAAUAGCUGACGUAAAGAUCGUGUCUACAUAGUAGAUCAUAGUUUCACUUUUGGUCUUGGAUUGGCUGUUUAUAAAAUAUGAACAUCACCGUUUCUUAUUAUGUGGAAGUUGAAAUAAAAUAUUUUACUAACGUUACAGUAUAUAAUACAAUAUUUGAUUCGAUUAUAUUAAACUUUGAUAAACUUAAGAGUCGAUUUAUCAGUAAUUUCGUAUUGUUUGGGUGAUGACUGUGUGAGUUAAAAGGAACAUGUUUAAUAAUUAUGAUGAAUAAAUGGGAUGAUAGCCAGGUCUCGGAGUUACAGGUAUCCACUGGCUUACACCUAAAUCGUAAUUCUAGACCAGUCCACUUGACAACUUUCUCUCUUUGUACAGAUCUAGUAACCACGGGUUCCAACAGAUCCACAGCAUCAUAUUCGCGUAGGUUACUGACGUCUAAUUAGCCUAAUGUUUGUGAGCCUAUAUUCUGAGGUAAAGUAAAAUUGUAUGAUUAUAAAGUGACAACAACAACUCCGGGCAUUUGCAAUGAUCCGACUGCUGACGUUUCUUAUUUGUCAGGUCAGAAUUUUGUUGGGAUUUUUUCUUGUCAGAACAAACAUCUUUGCAGAUUGGACCUAUUAAUAACCUAUUGUGAGUUACAGUUAUUUGCUGUCGGCCGGUAAAUAUGAUGACGCACGUAUGAAAUAAACAUUGUUUAAGAGAAUGUUUAAUAUGAUUUUAAUUAUUUUAAACUCUCCGGACGUCACUGGACCAUAAGUGUUGAUCUCUAAACGAGCACAAUUCGAUGAUCUAUCCUUUUCUGUUGAACUCCUUUACGUUAAA